AAAGCUGGACGGUCAGCCCAAUUCCUCACUUCGGUCCGGUCUUCAAGCAGAGCAACGUCUGUAGUGAGAGCAGAGGAAUAAUCAUGGCAGAGCUUGGUCUUAAGAAAAAGGAAAUCGAUGCCAUCGAAUUCGCAUUCGAUGUGUAUGACUUCAAGGGAGAUGGCAAGGUCGAUGCCUUUUACACUGGUGACCUUAUGAGGGCCUGCAACAUCAACCCCACCCUCAAGACCAUUGCUGAGAUCGGAGGACAGACUGAGAAGGGAAAGAAGGUUCUGACCAAGGCUGAAUGCUUCCCCAUUUACAAGGCCGCCAAGGAGUCCAAGGAUCAGGGUGGAUUCCACGACUUCGUUGAGAUCCUGAAGCUGUACGACAAAAAUAACGACGACACCAUGCUUGGACACGAGCUGUUCCGUCUCCUGACCAACCUCGGAGAGAAGCUGACCAAGGAGGAGGCCAAGUCUCUGAUGAAGGAGCUCUGCGAGCCUGAAGAUGAUGAAGGAUUUAUGCCCUUCAAACCCUUCCUGGAGAGAAUGUGUGCCGCUGAGAAGUAAAUUCUAGGGAACUACUUUUUAUCAACAAAUUAACAUUCUUGGAGCGUCUGAUGACACCAUAAGGAAGUAGACUCUAUGAGCAUACAUUCCCCCGACCGAGGUCGAUCUUUCAUUUUGUAAUGAUCGAUUCUAUUGUAAAUAAUUCGCAUAACUUGGUUGGAACACCACGUGUAAAGCGGGAAGAAUCGCCAUCUUGAAUCCCCGCCUAAACAUCCUGGCACAUGCACGUGGUGCCCCAACCUUGCCGCGUAAUAUUAUCUGGACUCUCUCACUACUGCCUCAAAAAAUGUUCGGCCAUUGGUCAAAGUUAUAGAAAUAUCCGUCAAAUAUACAAAAUUGUAAAUUAUAUUGUUCUUGUGAUAGUUUUCGUAUUUAUGUUUAUUAUUUUGUAAUAACAGCAACUUAGAUAUAGAUUAUAUCGACAACAUGUAGACCAUAAAAAAUUUAUUUUUGUAAACCUCUCUGCUCAGGAACAGCAUCAAGAUCUUGCCGUUUCUGAAUAUUGUUGGAAAAUCACCAUGUCUUGUUUACCACCAUUGAUUACUAGGUUUUUAUACUAUGUACACCUUCAGCUUGUAAAUAUAUUAUGUAAUCCAA